AUACCUAAAAUCAUAUUUAAUAAUAAAAUUUUACAAAUAAAAAAUGAACGAAAAUCGUAAAAAAAUUUAAAUAACAUACCAAAAAAAUUAAAAAUAAAAAUUUAGAAGAAAGAAAAAAAAAGAUGGAAGAGCUUGAAGAAUACCAACGAAAAUUCCGUAACUUAGAAUCUGAUCGAAAAGCCUAUGCAGAAGAAACAGUAGCCUUAAUAAAAAAGCAACGAGGUAUAAUUGACAAGCUUAAAAACGAGAAUCAAUAACUAAAAGACAUAAUAUCAAAAAUGAACUCCCAAAAGUUGUAAUCUAACACAAUGUACGCGAAAUCUUCUGGCGGAGACAACUUAAUUGAAGAGUUAAAAUAAAACAUAGAACAAGAGAAGAGAAAUUAGACUGAAAUAGAUAAGCAUAUAGCAGAUUUUUAGAAAAAAAUAAUUGAAAAAAAGCAGAAUGUUGGUGGUUAUAAUGCCGGUGCUGAAAAUGAAGGUUCUUUAGGUAAACAAAUAAAGAUUUUAGAAAACCGACUUGAUAAAGCUAAUUAAAAAUUUAAUGAGGCUAUUGCUGUUAAUAAAUAAUUAAGAUAAUAGAUAGAUUCAUUAAGAAGAGAAAGGGUUAUAUUUGAUAAUUUAUAUAAGAAAUUAGAAAAAGAAUUACAUGAAAAAAGAAAACAAAUGGCAAAUAUAAUAGAAACUGCAAAUACUGCAUAUGAAGAAAGAGAUAAGGCUAAUGAUUAAAUCUAAAAUUUAAAAAUGUUAGCGAAAAAAGAAUCUGAGAAUUUCGAAAAAGAUUUAAGAGACCUUUCACAUAUUAUGGAAAAAAAUAAAAAAGCACUCGAUUAUAUAAAAUUAACAGAAAAAAAUAGGGAUGAGACUAAAAUAAACAAUGAUAUGUUAGAUUCCGAAAAAUUAAAUAGAAAUAAUAAUUAAAAAUUAUAUAAAGAUAGAAAUAUCAAUUAAGCUAUGCUAGAUAAAAUAUAAAAAUAUGAAGAAGAUUUUGCCAAAAUUUAAGCCGCAACUAAAGUAACUGAUUUUGAAAAAUUAGUUAGUAUUUUUAUUAAAAAUGAGGAGAAAAAUUUCUAAAUGUUUAAAUAUGUAAAUGAACUAUCCAACGAAAUUGAAGAUUUAGAAAAAUAAAUUGCCGAAUAAAAUUUAGAAAUAGAGCAUUAUUAAGGAGGAACAAAUUUAGAUGUAUAAUAUAAACGUAAAAUAAAAGAUUUCGAAGAAAAUAUGGUAAGAGCAGAAGUAAAAAGUGAAUAAUUUGAAUUUAGAAGACAUGAUGCUUAAAAACUUAUUAAUAGUUUAACUAAUUGGAUUGAUACUUUAUUUAAUACAAUAGAAUGUGAUAAAGCUUUUGCUAAAGAAAUGGCUGGAUCUCAUACUGUAACAGAUGGUAAUAUGAUGAUAUUUUUAGGAAUUAUAGAAGAUAAAGUUAAUUAAAUAUUAUAAGCAUAUUCAGCUAUUCAUGCAGAAGGAAAUAAUGAAAGCUAUUAAAAUAUGCUUUAAAAUGCUUCGAAUGCAUUACUUUCAAAUAAAUAAAAAUAAGAAGCAUUAGAUAAUGAUGAAUUUGACGAAGAAGAAGCUGAAGGAGAUAGAAUUUUAACAGUAGAUGAUUUUAGAAAAAAAGCUUUAGAAAAAUUAGAAG